CUCGUUGGAUCCAUCGUGUAUAUAUAUUUGCAAAUUGUCACGUUCCUUCUCCCCGAUCUGCCGGCAAUUGCUCCGUCGCGAAAGAAGGCACAAAUCCAGCGGCGGAAAGAAAGUUUCACCACCUUACGCCACCAAAGGUUGGGUGAUAGAUCAACGAGAUUUUCUUCCUAUGGCGACCAACCCCAACCGGAGCCCAAACAACAAUGCGAGUACAUUGCUGCUACCCGAGAUCGGGCCUGAUGGCCUUGCACGAGAGUCACCUGUCAUCGCUUACACCGAGAAGAUAAUUGAGGAAGAACAGCUUCAGUUGAGGAAGUACGUUGGUUUCUUCACCAUUUCAAUUCGUGAUGUUGAGCGGGAAUUAGCAAACCUAACAAUGGAAAUGAAGCUUACUGCUGGACCAAAAAAAGCAGCACUUGAACACAUGCGGAAGAAAAUAGAAAUGUCAACAGAGAGAAUUCGUGUUGCUAAACUGAAAGAAGAACAAGCCAAAAAGGCCUGGGAAGCCGCAACAAAAGUCGUGCAGGAUGAGGAAGCAGAGAAACAGAAGCUCUGUGAAGAUUUGAAUAAACUGGUCCAAGAAAGUAGCAAUACCCAGCUUUCUAGAUUGGAGGAACUAAAACGCCGACUGGAAGCUCUGAACCCAAGCAGAAUGUCUGCAUCCGUUUCUUCUGACGAGAAUCUAAGAAAUAUGCCGGGUAGUAUAACUCAAGAUUCAUCCAUUGCUCAUACAUCAGAAAUUUCCAGUGGAUCAACAAAACCCACAGUCAGCAUAGGACACACAGCCGUAAAUGGCCAAAUCCCACCUGUUUCUAACAAUGGAGAGGGAAGAGGGAAGAAGAAAAGCUCUAUUCAAGGGAGAGUUAAAGGAAUAGGAGCAGUGCCUAAGGGUAGGGGUCCCGGUUGGACUGGGGCUGGUUUUGAUGUCGAUGGUCGAGAAAUUACCUUUGAGGUUUUGCCUCUGGUUAAAGGAAAGCCUCUACUUAUUCCCUGAAAUUUUUAAAUGUCCCCUUUAAAGUGCUAUCAACACCACUUGCGGUUUGUGUCCCUUAGUUCUCUUCCUUUGAGCUUGUAUUUUCAAUAGAGAAAUAUAUGCUGAGUAUUUGUGUUUCUAAGAUAACUGAAUUUUAUUUAUUUGUAUCUCGGGUAAAAAGUAGAUGUGGU